AUGGUGCCGCACCGGAGGCUCCGCCACGCGGCCGCGGGCUUGGCGCUGACGCUCAUGGGCGCCCGCGCGGCUGCUGCACCUGCGGAGCUGCUGCGCAUUCCGUUGGAGAACUUCGACCAGAUGCAGUUUUUCGGCUCCAUCGGCGUGGGGUCGCCGCCGCAGCGCUUCCAGGUCAUCUUCGACACGGGCUCGAGCGAUAUCUGGCUGCCCGAGACCAACUGCGCGGACUGCGCCGGCUCGAGGCGCUACAGCGCUGCCGUGUCGCUCUCGCACGAGGCGCUGGACGAGCCCUUCCGCCUGGAGUACGGCAGCGGUAACGCGUCCGGCCGCGUCGUACGCGAGCAAAUCUCGCUCUUUGGAGGCGACGCCGAGACCGACGUGCUCACGCUCUCCGGCGUGCACAUAGGCAGCGCCAGCAAGACGACCAAGCGGCUGCAGCGCUUCCAGGCCGACGGCAUCGUCGGGCUCGGCCUGGAGGCGCUGGCGCUCAUCACCAAGCCCAGCCUGCUGCAGUCCGAGCCGCGCCUGCGACGCUUCUCCAUCUACAUCAACCCGCUGCCGGGCGCGCUGCCGCCGGCGCAGCUCAUUUUCGGCGGAGUGGACGACACGCUGCCCGUAGCUCACGCGCCGCUGGAGUCUGGAGCGAAGGUGGCCUGGCACCACUUUCCCGUGGUCAGGUACCCGUCCAGUCGACGCGCGCACGGCUUCUGGGCCAUCAGACUGAAUCGACUCAGUGUUGGGAGUUUUGACUCUAGAUCCGACUCGAGCUCGAAGCAGCUAGCAGGCAGCGGAGAAGGAAUCGUAGCGGUCUCGGCGGCUGUCGCUAUCGUGGACUCGGGCACCUCGCUGCUUCUGCUGCCUCGACGAGCGUUCGACGCUACUAUCGCGGAGAUCCAGCAGCACUUGCGCGUACAGCACCGUCGAGAACUCCGUGCGAACCCGCACGCUGUUAGCGGAUAUGCUUGUGCAGACUGCACGGCGGAGAUGUUCCCCGCGCUCAGGUUUAGUUUUGCUUUAGAAGAAGCGUCAGCCGGCGGCAUGCCGCCGAAGACGCAAACCCUCGUGCUGCAGGGUACGGACUACGCGCGCUGCGACGACUUCAUCUGCGCCCCGCAGUUGGAUGUUCACGCGCUGUUCACGUCCAAGAAGAACAAAAGCAAGCAGCAGACCCCCGUCGCGUCGGCCAUGACCACCAACAUCGCACAGGGCAAGGAGUACGAGGAGGUUGUGGUGCUCGGAGUGACGUUCCUUCGCGCGUACUACGUGCAGUUUGACUCGGAGCUCAAGACCGUGGGGUUUGCUUGCGUGGAGUCGUCUGCGUCAAGUAGUUCAGGCGGUGCCAACGUCUGCUCCGGUGGCUGGGCGCCCAAGCUUCAGUUCCACUCGACGCACUUCUCGGACGCCGAGGCCUCGACGUGGCGAGCAGGUUGGGUGUUCUGGUCGCGCGUGUAUCUGGGCGUCGGCGUGCUGCUGUUAGUGGUGGCGUUCGCGCUGCUGUGGUUGAUCCUGGUGGUGCCGUCGUCCGAGGUUGAGAAGGUGCUCGACUGGUUCUUUGGCCCCAGCGAGAGAAGCCGACGGAGACAGCAGCAGCAAGUAUCCACAGAUUCAAAGGUGGCGUCGAGUGCGCGCGGCUCCUACCAGACGUUGGAAAAUGGCGUGCCCAUCGGCGGCGGUGAUGGCGAAGAGGCCCCGGUUGAGCCCGACGCGGAGCCAGAGUCGCCACGUUCGGCCUCGCGCCGGAGGAGCGUGUGCUACGACGUGUAG